AGGUGGCUCUAAAAGCAUCCAUCAGAACCAGCCAACCCUCCUCAAAGGAAGAGAACCAUCUCCAGCGUUACUGUGCUCCCAGACCAAGGCAACCAUGGGGAACUGUGCUCAGGGCUGUAAGGACUACUGGUGCCGGCCGAAGAACACCAAUGUCCGGGUCAGUUUGCCAGCUGUGUGCUUUGUGUGGCAGACUGCCAUGAUCAUCCUGUUUGGAGUCUUCAUCCGCUAUGAUGAGGAGUCGGACACCCAUUGGGUAGAAUACAGAAAAGAAAAUAACAUUUCCAGUGACAUAGAGAACGACUUCUACUUCAGAUACCCAAGCUUCCAGGAUGUGCACGUGAUGAUCUUUGUGGGAUUUGGCUUCCUCAUGACAUUCCUGAAGCGCUACAGCUUCGGCGGAGUGGGCUUCAACUUCCUCAUCGCAUCCUUCGGCAUCCAGUGGGCACUGCUGAUGCAGGGCUGGUUCCACGCACUGAACCCGGAAACCGGCAAGAUCACCAUCGGUGUCGAAAGCUUGAUCAAUGCCGACUUCUGCGUAGCUGGCUGCCUAAUUGCAUAUGGGGCCUGUCUGGGUAAAGUCAGUCCAGUCCAGCUGAUGGUUCUCACCUUGUUUGGGGUCACCCUCUUUGCUGUGGAGGAGUACAUCAUCCUGGACCUCAUUCACGCCAAGGAUGCCGGUGGCUCCAUGGUCAUCCACACCUUCGGAGGCUACUAUGGUCUGGCGAUCUCAUGGGUCCUCUAUCGACCAAAUCUCCACCAGAGCAAGCGUCUGAAUGGCUCCGUCUACCAGUCUGACGUCUUCGCCAUGAUUGGCACACUGUUCCUGUGGAUGUUCUGGCCCAGUUUCAACUCGGCCAUCACUGACCAUGGAGACGGACAGCACAGGGCAGCCAUCAACACCUACCUGGCCCUGGCCUCCACCGUGCUCACCACAUACGCCAUCUCCAGCCUCUCCGCAAAGCGAGGAAAGCUGGACAUGGUGCACAUCCAGAAUGCCACCCUGGCUGGGGGCGUUGCCAUGGGAACAGCUGCGGAGUUCAUGAUCCAACCCUAUGGUUCUCUCAUCGUGGGUUUCUGCACUGGGAUCCUCUCCACAUUCGGCUAUCUGGUGCUAUCUCCUUUCAUGGAGAAGACCCUGAAGAUCCAGGACACAUGCGGAGUGCACAACCUGCACGCUAUGCCUGGGGUGAUCGGGGGCGUGGUGGGGGCCAUCACUGCAGCUGCAGCCACGGUAGACGUCUAUAGUAAAGAAGGGUUGAUUAACACUUUCGACUUUGAGGAUGAAUUUGUGAACAGAACAGUUGGAACUCAAGGUGGACACCAGGCAGCAGGCCUGUGCGUCUCCAUCGUCUUUGGAAUAGGCGGCGGUGCCCUUGUAGGCUUGGUCCUGAGGUUGCCCAUCUGGGGAGAUCCUGCAGACGAUAACUGUUUCGAUGACGAAGUUUACUGGGAGCUUCCCGAGGAUGAGGAAAGCAUCCCUCCUAUUCUUGAGUACAACAACCACAUGAUAACCAAGAACCCUGACAUGUCGGAGUCCAAUUUCUCUGUGGAACAAAGUUAGUGAACUCCAACCCCAGGACCCUGCAGUCGACCGACAUCCGAACUUGAACUUGAACCGAAGAAUGAAGAAGCGCUAAACAUGCAAACAACAACUCUGGUCGUUUCCUUGUCUUAUCUCGAUAAUAAUGUGUAUGAACGUUUGUGUUUUAACUAAAUGAAUGAUUACAAUGCCACCGGAACCACUAAAUGGUUUCGUUGUGCAACAACCGCGAUCGCACUCAGGUGGCUAGGCCUAGGCAUAGGCCUACACCACAAUUGUGGCUAGAUACCUGAGUGUCAUCCCCAGGCGUAGGCCUAUGUGGUCACGCUGCGCGUCUGAUAAGCCUGGAAACGACAGUUUUACGAUAAGAGCAUAUUCCUGCAUGUACUUAAUUGAUGUACCAAACUCUGUUAUUGCUAUACUAUUACUGUCCUAGGCAAGUAAUUAAUUUUCCGACCGUUUUAAGGACAUUGUCCAUUUUUAUUUGUAAUCUUCUAGCUCACAAUAGGCCUAGCCUACAUAUUUAGCGUGACGACUAGACAUUGCAUUGCUAAUUUCUUUUAAUUUUGAACUUUUAACUUUUUAAUUAGGCUAAUUCAAUUAUACGUUUUAUUGAACUAUUUUGAAAAUAGACUCGGAGCUUUUAGCCCGUACUUUGAGUCAUGUUGAAUCUAUUUUUUCAUGAAACGAUGAUGAAAAGCCUGGUGUUGGCUCUUGUUCACUGAAGUUUUUUUUUCUGUGCACAGCGAAACCUAACAGAAGUUGGCCAAUGGAACAUAUAGCCUAUCGAUAGACUUACACGCGGAUAUCUUCAUCAGUAUUUAACUGCUGCCUGCUCUAACUGUCUCAGACGUUUUAUACCGGAAUUGUAUGAAAUCAACACGCGUGUGAUUUAGAGACACCUUCAUUUGUGGUGCUUAAAAUUAGAAAUCCUUCUUUCCGUGUAUUUUAGGUCAAUUCCACAUAGUUUAUUGUAAGUAUGAAAUUCAAAUACAUAUCGUAUACCUUUUCAUACCAGUGAAUGUAGCCUACACAGUAGGCUUUUGUAUAUUUGUGUUUGUGAAAAUGUGCAUGUAUUUAAGAAAUGUAAAUGAAAACGUGUUACUGUGUUCAUAAUGAAGUAUAUUGAUUAAAAAUGUGAAUUAAA